AUGCAUAGCAGACCUAUUGCUGAAAGUUUGCAGUCCUUGGCAAUACGGCCAUCCGGUUGUGUCGGACCACCGCAGUACGAGGCCGCCAAUGUCACGCAGUUUGGCUUCCAGUAUGAAUCAACCAUGCCAAUUGUUGACCUUACGCAGACCCGAUCGGACAAUCCAAACGAGACUAUUCCAGCAGUCAUGAAUCGGACAACUAACCACCCCAACCUGAAACGGACCUUUCAAACAGACAGCUAUCAGGCCUUACUAAACUAG